GUAUAAGCAUGGCUGAGUUUCCUCCGAAUUUGGACGAUGGAGAGCGCUAUCUUCCGUCUGAUAUUUUCAUAAACGAAAGGCCGCGUCACCGCCUUGUUGAUGACGUGGCACACCAUUUCAAUGCGCUGUCUUUCCUUCAACAAGCUCAUCACCCACCUCCUCCUCCUGAGUUUCAGUUUCAGUUCGAGCGGUCGAAGCCUCCGGUUCGGGGCACUACACUACCAAAUGGUUACUUCGGUGCAGUCAACGGUGGUCUCCAAUUUGGUCAAAGGCUCCGCCCGUACGAUACCGGGUCGUUUUCAAAACCCGCUUUGGAUUUACAUAUCCUCAAAUCCACCCCUCCUCUGGUUGAGUGCUACAAGGAACCGAGAACAACUAGGGUUUUGCAGAAACAGCAAAACCGGUUACUGCAACAAAACCAAAACCGGGUGGUUUUGAGAGGUGGGUUUGGGUUCAAUGGCGGUUUAGUGAGAGAAUCGGGAGGGACAGGCGUGUUUCAUCCUCGCAUUAUUAAGACUACUAAUACCACUACUGCCACUGCAACUUCCACUGAUGCCAAGAAGAAGGUUGUGAGAAAUAGGCAGGAUAUUCAGGCGAUGCAGCAGAGGAACUCCAUGAAAAUGGUGGGGGUAAGCAAGCGGGAGGAUUGCCAUUAUCAUCUUCCUGCAGACAUGGGAUUGCCCAGGGACUGGACUUACUGACUCUUUUUAUAACAGUGCUACUAAAUACUAAUUGAUAGAAUAAGAGCUUAAACUAUCUUCUGGGUUUUGCGGAGGGAAAACUUGAAUAGACA